AUGUAUAAUAGGGGCCUAUUUAUAACUAUUGCAUUUGUUUUCACCUGUAGAAUUUCUGGCGAAAAACAUGAAUUAAUAUACAAUAAGGACAUUGUUUAUUACGAUGAAUGUCGUAUCUCAAUUUCGCCACGUAAUCAUCUCCAACCGGUCAAUGCGUAUGUUCAAAUACAAAAACCAUGUAAUGGCACAUUAUUAUGGACCUAUCCUAAGUUGCAUUUAAAACUAACAGUGGUAAAUCUAGAAAAUGAACCAUUUACGCUAUGCUUCGAACAAAAGUCUAUUGAACAAAAACUUAUUCGUUCAAUACAAAGUAUCAAUUUAGAUACGAAUCAAACAUCUGAUAUGCGUGAAGAACAGAGCAGUUCAGGUUUAGUUUUAUGUACGACAAGUGUAGGAACUCGUUUAGCAGUAAUCAUUGAAGCUCAACCACUUUAUGCUGGUGUUUAUUUGCCAUAUGCUAUGUUUAGUCAAAGUCAUCCUUGGACAGCUGGUCCGUAUCCUAGUUGGCAAAGAUCGGAAAAAUAUUUAUAUGGUCCAAAUGAACUUACACCACAGAAGAAAAAGAAACUACGACGUACUCGAAAGAAAAUCAUUGAAUAG